AUGAAGCAUUUCACCCCCGCUCUGGCUUUCGCCAGCAUGAUCUCCUUGGUUAAUGGCCAUGGUUUUGUCACCAGCCCCAAAGCUCGACAGCCCGGUACCGAAAUGGAAACCGCCUGUGGCAAGCAAGUUGUGUCCAACCAAGGGUCUGACAAGUACGGCAACAUCCAAGGCGAGCUGCAAGUUGCCUCUGGCCAGAGCGACUACGAAGCUGCCGCGUGUGAUAUCUGGCUUUGCAAGGGCUACAAGUUUGCCGACAACAAGGAUAAUGUCUACUCGUACAAGGCAGGUCAGAAAGUCGACUUCACCGUCGACAUCCGCGCCCCGCACACCGGUGUCGCCAAUGUCUCUGUCGUCGACACUUCUUCCAACACCGUUAUCGGUGCCCCCCUGAUCUCUUGGCCUGUCUAUGCAUCCGUUGCCACCGGUGUCAAAGCCGAUGAGACCAGCUUCAGCGUCACUAUGCCUGAUGAUCUCGAAGACCAGUGUGUCACCGCUGGUGACUGUGUGCUGCAGUGGUACUGGUACGCACAGUCAAUCGACCAGACAUACGAGUCGUGUGUCGACUUCACUCUCGGUGGAUCUGGCUCCAGUGGUGUCUCGGCUCCGGCCCCGUCGGCGAAGGCCCCGUCGAUCGACAGCUCUACGGAGGCUGCUACUAUUGCUACUGCUACUAGUCCGGCCACAACUGUCGCUGCUCAGCCCACUACCACUGUUGCUGCUCAGCCUACUACUUUUGCUACCACUGCCCGUCAAUCGACUACUCCUGCCGAGGUGCCAGUCGCUACCACCGCGGCAGCUAACCCCAGUGCCACCGAUGCUGCCGGUGCUGCCAUGCCUUUCCCCACUGAUAGCGCUGCAGAUGUCUUGGCCUGGAUCCAGGCCAUGUUCGGCAACUUGGCGGGUAACUAA